GACGAUCUUCCGUCAAUUAAACUUUUUUUAAGUAGUGUCAAAUUUGUACUUCUUCUUCUUGGUCCUCACAAGAAUAUACCAAGACGUAUGUAAUUCCAUCACUACCCUCCACUUUCACAUUAAUAUAACGACCGAAACAACUAACAACUCCUACAAAACAAUCAAGAAAUCAUGAAGCUAUAGAUACAAACCUCCCAUGGCGACCAUGUCUACAGCUCUCUUCCUCAAAACUCCAAUCUCCUCGCAUUCAUUUCCAAAACCCUUCAAAACCCAUUUCAUAUCCCCCCUCAAAACCAACCCCAUCUUCCCAAAAACCCGGUCCAGCAACCCCAAGAUUUCUUGUGGGCUCAUCGACCCGGAUGGCGGGAAACUGGUUGACCUAAUUGUGAAGCCAUCAGAGAGGGAUUUGAGGAAGGCCCAGGUGGAUUCAUUGCCUCAAAUCAAGCUUUCGAAGGUUGAUCUUGAAUGGGUCCAUGUGUUAAGUGAAGGGUGGGCUAGCCCACUUAAAGGGUUCAUGAGAGAAUCCGAGUUCCUCCAAACACUUCAUUUCAAUUCACUCAGAAUGAGUGAUGGUUCCUUUGUUAACAUGUCGUUGCCUAUUGUUCUUGCCAUUGAUGAUUCUCAGAAGAGUUUGAUUGGUGCCUCCACUUCGGUUGCUCUUGUUGAUAAGGAUGAGAAUUUGGUUGCAAUUUUGAGCAAUAUUGAGGUUUACAAGCAUAACAAAGAAGAAAGAAUAGCAAGGACAUGGGGUACAACUGCCCCUGGUCUACCCUAUGUUGAGGAAGCCAUAAAAAAUUCUGGAAACUGGCUGCUUGGAGGUGAUUUAGAGGUUAUUGAACCGAUUAAGUACAAUGAUGGUCUUGAUCGGUUCCGACUAUCCCCUUCCGAGCUUCGUGAAGAAUUCACAAGGCGUAAUGCUGAUGCAGUGUUUGCUUUCCAGCUGAGAAAUCCUGUGCACAAUGGUCAUGCUUUGCUCAUGACUGACACACGUCGCAGACUUCUUGAUAUGGGGUACAAAAAUCCAAUCCUGUUGCUUCAUCCAUUGGGAGGCUUCACAAAAGCCGAUGAUGUCCCACUUAGCUGGCGAAUGAAGCAACAUGAGAAGGUGCUUGAAGAUGGUGUACUUGAUCCAGAGACUACUGUGGUUUCAAUAUUUCCUUCUCCCAUGCAUUAUGCUGGUCCAACUGAGGUGCAGUGGCAUGCAAAGGCACGAAUCAAUGCCGGUGCGAACUUCUACAUUGUUGGUCGUGACCCUGCUGGUAUGGGCCAUCCUUUGGAAGAUAGAGAUUUAUAUGAUGCUGACCAUGGAAAGAAGGUAUUGAGCAUGGCGCCCGGGCUGGAACGGCUAAAUAUCCUUCCUUUCAAGGUUGCAGCAUAUGAUAAAACCCAGAGUAAGAUGGCAUUCUUUGAUCCUUCCAGGGCACAGGACUUCCUCUUUAUCUCGGGUACCAAGAUGCGAACUCUUGCGAAGAACAGAGAAAAUCCUCCUGAUGGAUUUAUGUGUCCAGGUGGUUGGCAAGUGUUAGUGGAUUACUAUGACAGUUUGGCACUUGCAGGAUCUGGUAAAGUAUCCGAACCAGUACCAGCUUAAUGGUGUGAAAAUGUUGCCAUAUGUGUGAAAUAUUCCCGACAUGGCUUUUUCUCAUGCAAUAUAUUUAGUGAAUAACAAGAGGCACUUUGAAGGAAAUAAAUAGACCUUGCCUCUGUCUGUAAUUAUGAACAUGGUUUGCCGGAAUGUUGUACUCUAGUGUGCUAUGUGCAGACUUGCAGGAAUGUAACAUAUUGUUGAUUAUUGAAAAUUACAUAUAAAAUUGUGAUA